AUAUGGCUGUUCAAUCAGAUGUUAUAAAUCUGUGGUGCAUGGCUGUGUGAAUGAGUUAUGUACACAUAUGCGAUGGCUUUGACUUUGAGCAAUCCACUGAUGCAUCUAUGUGAGAUAAAUAAAUGAAAUAUAAAGGAAAUAAUAGUUUUAUCACAUUAAUAUCUGUAGGACAAUUUGGGAAAUGCAGACCAAUGAUGAUGGCAUUGGCAACAUACCAAAAUAUUCAGCUGUUCCCAAAUCUGAUAAAGAGGCUUGUUUCAGGGGAAAAGCACGGAUUCUUCACAAAUGCCUGUCAUCUGUUUAGAUUCCUCUUCCUUGUGUAGUAGUGCAAGUACGUUACCCUCCACUAGUGGUCCUACAACUGUAAAUAUAUUGUUUCUGAGAAAUAUAAGAGAAACGAAAGCAUAACCAGUAAUUCUACUCCAAUGCAAACAAUCCUUUGUAAAGAAAAUACACCCUCUAUUUUGCAUGACUGAAAUUGCUUUCACAAUGAGAUAAUUUAAACGAAUCUCAGUGUCAGGAGAGUUCAGCUUUAACUACUCAAAAUGUUACAAAGGUGUUUUGAUGCAAACUGAUGUCAUCCUUCUUGUUAAAUGUGCAAAUGACACAUAACACUCUCAGGGUAUACACCGGCAGCCAAAAGUGUAGCAUAAUGUACAGAUUUAGUUGUUUCAGAAGGAAAUUGAUUCUUUAAUUCACCAAAGUGGCAUUCAACUGAUCACAAAGCAUAGUCAGGUCAUUACUGAUGUAAAAACAGCACCAUCACUAUUUGAUAAAAAGUCAUUUUUGAUCAAAUCUAGACAGGCUAAUUUGGUACUAGAAAAUCACUUGCCAUUAUAAAUCACUUGCCAAACACAAUUGAAAGCUAUUUUGUUAGUUAAAUGAAGCUUAAUAUUGUCUUUGUGCUUGUUUUUGAGUUGCCACAGUAUGCAAUAGACUGGCAUGUCUUAAGGUCAAUAUUAGGUCAAAAAUGGCAAAAAAGAAACAGCUUUUUCUAGAAACUCAUCAGUCAAUCAUUGUUUUGAGGAAUGAAGGCUGAACAAUGCUUGAAAUUGCCAAAAAACUGAAGAUUUCAUGCAAAGGUGUACACUACAGUCUUCAAAGACAAAGGACAACUGGCUCUAACAAGGACAGAAAGAGAUGUGGAAGGCCAGAUGUACAACUAAACAAGAGGAUAAGUACAUCAGAGUCUCUAGUUUGAUAAAUAGACACCUCAUAUGUCCUCAGCUGACAGCUUCAUUGAAUUCUACCCGCUCAACACCAGUUUAAUGUACAACAGUAAAGAGAAGACUCAGGGGUACAGGCCUUAUGGGAAGAAUUGCAAAUAAAAAGACACUUUUGAAACAGAAAAACAAAAAGAAAAGGUUGGAGUGGGCAAAAAAAAAAAAAAAAAAAAAAAAAAAAAAAACACAGACAUUGGACAACAGAUAAUUGGAAAAGAGUGUUAUGGAUCUUAAUCCCAUUGAGCUUUUCAGCUAGACUGUAAAGUGCGUGAGAAGUGCCCGACAAGACAGCCACAUCUAUGGCAAGUGCUACAGGAAGUGUGGGGUGAAAUGUCACCAGACUAUCUGGACAAACUGACAGCUAGAAUGCCAAGGAUCUGCAAAGCUGUCAUUGCUGCACAUGGAGGAUUUUUUUAUGAGAACUCUUUGAAGUAGUUUAUGAAGUUGUGAAUUUUUUUAUUUUUUUUAUUUUUUUUUUCUUCAAAUUGUAAUAGUAAUAUUUCACAUUAUUAACGUCCUGACUAUACAUUGUGAUCAGUUGAAUGCCACUUUGGUGAAUAAAAGUACCAAUUUCUUUCCAUAAGAGCAAAAUCUGUACAUUAUUCCAAACCUUUGGCCACCAGUGUAGUUUAUUUAUAGAGUUGUCACAUGGAAGGCUUCAUAGCUGGGCUAUACAGACUAAAAGCGCAUGCAGACACUGAAAGGAUUUUAAUUCCAACCAAAAUUGCAUGCAAAACUGUAACAACCGGAUCUAGAUUAUUUAACAUAUUGAAACAAAUAUCCAUGAUGCAGAGUAUUUUUGUGCAGUUGAAGGAGUGUUUACCAUGUCUGUCUAAAAAUCUAAUUCAUGUGCAGUAGUCAUGCAACUCUAGGUCUAUCUGUAUUUGCAAGAAUUGAAACUCACAGACCAAUGCUCUGUCCACAGCUGUGGAUUUACAGUAUGUUAAUUUAGACCGAUAGUAAGUUUCAUUUAAGGCUUUAGAUAGACAAACCAGUCUGAAUUGGUCUGUACGGAUUUGUCAACUGACAUAGUGUCACGUUAAUUGGGCAAAUGCAGACAUGUGCAUGCAUAAUCCACAAUAAUCCCACAGCUAAUUCUUUAUCAUAUGUAUGUAAACAAACAAGUUUGAUAAUUGUACCCAUCACUGGUCUAUUAAAAGGCAGCUGGGUAGAAGUUCACAUGGCAUAAGGAACCUCAAUGUUAAUCAUAAGUGUAUUUAAUUCAUAUACAAAUUCAACUUUUAAUUCUUUGAAAUGUUGGUAUAAAUGUAACAUUACACUAAAGCAAGCACAAAUACUUUACUUUAUUCAUCUAACGACAUAAUACAAUUUAUUUUGGAAAUGUCUAAAUGUUUAAAAGAGAAUUGAAACAAGAAAAGCAUAAUAUUUGCUCAGGUGAGAGCUUUGAAUCCCUGAUUAAUUUCACAGAAAGCCUGAAAGUGAAAGGAUUCCGGGAAAUGGGCGGGGCUUAUGGCCUUAUGGUUUAAAAUCGACUGUCAGUUCAUUCUGUCAUUAAAACUCACAGACGCAAGCGCGAAGAGUUAAUGUCGCGCUCUGAGGAAAUCUCUGUUGAGACAUAGCGGUGGAAUAAAUCAAUGGGAGUUCACAAACACUUGAUUUUGGAAGCGGUGGCAAGAGUUUGUCAAAGACAAAGUUGUACUGACUACUAUUGGAGUUUACAUUUGCUAAGACAAAUGAGCCUCAUCUAGAUGACCUUCAUGUGGUACGGUAUGGAAGACCACAUUGGCUGGUCUUUCCUGUAGGAUGGUGGCGCACAGUUCAGGCACAGAAGAAUCCACAGCGAGCACAGAGCCUUCUCCAGAAGUCUCCCAAUCCCAGCGGUCCAAGCCCAGCCAGCAGGAAGCUGGCUCUAGGACUGUAUUUCAGACACACUUCAGGCCCUUCAACGUUGAGAGAGACUUCAAGACCAUCAACAAGACCACUUCUAUGCUGGAAGAGAGUGGCUUCUACUGGGGUCCUAUGACUGUGGAGGAAGCACAUCAGAAGCUGAAAAAAGAGCCAGUUGGAACUUUCCUGAUCCGGGACAGUCGUCAAGUUGAUGUGUUUUUUACACUGAGUUACAAAGCCCAAAAUGGUCCAAUGAGUGUCCGGAUUAACUUCAAGAAUUCCAAAUUCAGUUUGACGGGCAGCAAGGAGUCUUUUGACUCUCUUUUCAAACUUUUGGAAUAUUAUAUCAGUUCCCCUAAGAAGGGUCUAGUCAGGCCCUACAGGAAAGAACCAGUGCAGUCUCUGCAGCAGCUGUGCCGCAGACGGAUUAUCGAGACAUGCGGCGGAAAAGACAUCGACCGCAUCCCUGUGCACCCAAUCCUCAAAGACUUCCUUCAUGCCUUCCCUUAUCCGCUGUGAAGACUAGACUCAUUGCAUUAAAGCGCUGCUGGAAUAUUCUGGAGAUACUUGAGAGACUCCUCGUGGUCCUGCUCUGUUUUAAGAUGCAGGCAUCCGAUUGUAGCACAUUAUGGAAUAUGAGACUUGAACACCUCACAAUGAAAGUUUACAUUGUCUGUAAAUGUUUACACUAUACAGGAAAACUGUUUUCCUUUCAACAGAUUUCUGCUAUGCAGAAAGAAAUAUUUCAACAGAGUAAUUAUUUUUAUAACAAUAAUAAAUAUAUUU